AACUCAUACUCACAUUUCCAACACCACUCACUCCCAGUCUCGUCCGUCCGAAAAGUACACAAGCCGUACACAGCAUCAAUGUCUCCGCGCCUCGUACUCACAUAAUGGCAGGCACUGAGCGAGGUACCAUCACAGUCCGCACCGCUGCUUCGGAACGGCGAGCUGCAGCCGCCAAACGCCGCUUCGUCCGCAGGGGCACCAAGAGUUGCUGGGAGUGUCGCAGACGCAAGAUCCGCUGCAUCUUUGACGAUAAGGGACCUCGAGAUACGUGUAAAACGUGCUGGCAGAAGGGGACCCCGUGUGUUAGUCAGGAGUUCCCCGAAGAGGAUGCCCAGACGGCUCCGGCUCCGGUGGGCAGUCUCGGGGACCGGCUGAACCGGGUUGAGCGACUGGUCGAGCAACUGUACCACCGGGUGGACGAUCUUGAUGUCCCUUUGCCCACUUCGCCGCAGGAGAAGGUAACAGAGAGCUGUAGCCCCAGAGCAGAAGAAUCAGCCGCCAUAGGCCCGACUACAGAUUCUGAGGCUCUCCGCAGCCCUUCAUCAACUCGGAACGCAGACUCAUCAACGAUCCAAUCACAAUGUGAGAGCAAUGAUGCACAACCGAACGAAGACUCAUCACGUCCGAAGGCACCCUCUCAUUAUGAGACCACGGCAACUAUCCGCCCAGCAGUCAAUGCAAAAUUGGCUGCCUACACAAGACAGCUUGCCGCCGCAAUACCCGCCAUAGAAGAUUGCAGGGUCAUCUACAAGCUCUACUCCGAAGCUGACAUUGUCUUUCAGCUCAUGUUCACGCCCCACUGCCUAUUGGAGCAGCUAAAGCCAGAGUCCGUCGAGCACUACUUGGAGUCUCUCAGAACACCAAUGCAUCCCACUCUACUGGCCAAGAAGAUGCUCAUGUUGGGUACGAUGCUUCAGCGCGUUCCUACCCACGCUGGAGAGGAUGCGUCCGAAGAAACCUAUCGUCUCGUGGACAAGCUUGCGGAGACGGCCAUCUCUGUGGUGUGCGAGAAUAAUGUGCUCCUGGGCACGCUCGACGGCCUCGAAUGUCUUAUUCUGCAAACUGUCUACCACGCCAACGGAGGCAAUCCAAGAUUAUCACUGCUGACCUGCCGCCGCGCGAUUACUGUGGCCCAGUUGAUGGGCCUGCACCGCCCACACGAUCCGGCUACCAUUGAGACAGUGGACCCGAAUUCGACAGCCGUUCCUGGCUUCGUGUGGUUUCGUCUGGUAUACUUAGAGCGCUUCAUCUGCCUACUUCUAGGGCUUCCCAGCAGCACCCAUGAUGCAAAGGUUAUCAACGACGAAAAGACGCAGACGUACAUCAACAGCCAUCACAUUGACAGGCUCGAACAAGUUCACUCUUCCAUCGCCGCCAAGAUCAUACAACGAAACGAGUCGGGGUCAUAUCUGUUCGACAUGGAAACCACUCACGCACUAGACCAAGAGCUCCAAGUUAUAGCAACAACCAUGCCCCCGCGAUGGUGGACUAUUCCCAACUUCACCAAGCCUCACAAAGACCCCAUGACAAUAGUCCGUAACAGCCUCAACUUAGCCAACCAGCUCUUCCACUUCUUCCUCAUCAUCGAACUCCACCUACCCUUCAUGCUCCGCCACUCCAAGAACGGCGCGGCCAGCAGCAGCAGAAUGGCCUGCGUCGACGCGAGCAGGGAGGUCCUCUCCAGGUUCAUCGCGAUCCGCAACCCGGAGGGAAUAUGCAGCAUCCCCGACGCCGCCGACUUCUUCGCGCUCAUCGCGGCCAUGACGCUCAUGCUCGCACACAUUGACGCUCGCAGACGCGAUAGGGGGAAAGACAUCCUCGCGCACCAGAGGCAUACGGACCGCGACAAGGUCGAGCAGACGUUGGAGCACAUGCGUGACGGGAGCUCCAAGAAUACGGAUAUGCUUUCUAUGAAGAGUGCCGACGUCUUGAAGAGCUUGCUUGCGAUCGAGGCUGAUGCCGCUGGGGGUUCGACGUUCACUGCGAGUCUGAGUUCUGCGUCGACGCCGGCUUCGGCUUCGUGUGGUACUGGUGGUGAGGGGCGGAGCACAGGUGAUGCCAGAAAUGUCCUGCAGCUUAAGAUCCCGUGUUAUGGGACGGUUAUCAUCUCGCCUGAUGCUCCUCCUUCUCGCGAACCUUGGAUGCCUGUCACUCGUAACCAGCAGGGUGUGGUUCCGGACAGUCGUGCUCCGGGACAUCUCAGUGUUGCGAGCCCCUUUGUUGCAGGCCCCAUGGCAGGAGUAUGUCCAGGAGGAGGGGCUAGUGUGAUACCAGGCUCGAGUGGUCAGGGUGAGAAUAUGCAGCUCGAUCCCAAUGUCGAUCCAAGAUGGCUUUUUGAACUCGGAAAUCCUAACCUUUUGGGCAAUGGAAUCGCCGCUGGGUUAGAGGACUGGCCGUUUCAGGGGGUUGAUGCUGCCUUUUUUGACAGUAUGAUUAGGGGGUUCGAAGGUGGUGAUGACUAUGGCGGUUCAAAUGUGCCAUGAAUGCAUUUGAAUCCUCAUUCGAGAAAACAAAAAGGACGCAAAGAAAAUGAAUCUGCCAGGGAAAUGCAAGAGUGGAACUCUUUGGCGAAG